UCUAUUCUUUCUUUUUUAGUUAUUUGUGUUCGCUGCUCACUGGGUGGUGUGUUAGUAAAACGAGGAGGAUUUGGGAAGCACAAACCACAGAUCUGGUCUGGCCCAAGCCCAUGCUACGAUAAAAAUGGAGUUAUGAAAUUCGUAAGUUUAGUUACAAAUAAGAAACUAAAUGAAGGAUUACUUUGUAAGUUUGGGGUAAAGUGUAACGGUUUCUGCAAGGUAAAAAAAUAAGUUUUAAGUUUUCGACUUUAGGUCGUGGAGAGGAAGUUUUUCAAUUUUCCCAGGUUCAUAGGAAGAAAAACGUUUACCACCAUCUAAAUCCUUUCUUAAAUGUAAUUUCGCGGUAGCGUUGUUGGCCUUUUCUUGGCGUAUAGGUUAGGGUUAGAGUUAUGAAGUCUUGGAAUAGUUUAUGUCAAAAAAUUAUGCUUUAAAAAGUCUAUAACAAACAAGAAUGCAAAGCAGCCCGUAUUUUUUUGCCCAGGUUAACAACGCGCGAGCGGUCAAACGAAUAGCCUGCGAACGCAGACUCAUUUCCCGUCGUCGCUUCUCUCCACCCGAAAAGUAAAGUGAAGGGAAGCGACGACCGGAAAUAGGUCUGCGUUUGCAGGCUAUCAAGCGAACGGUCUGGAAUUAGGGUGAAAACGGACAGUGAGACUGGCGGGAGACGCGAAAAAUACGUGUGUGUGAGGCUUAUGUGUUUUGGGCGAUGUCACGCCAGCGCCUUAGCAAAACCGAUUUUGAAAUAAAUGAAAAGAAAAGAAAAAGAGACCACUGUUUCGCAGACUAAAAACGACAAAAAAGAACGUUUCCUUUCCUAUAAACUGCGGUUCUGGACUUCAGAUUUCCUUUCCCUUACAUCCCACUAUCUCCGUUUGGGUUCCUGUGGUUGCGUUUCUUGUUUCAGUGUUUAAUGUAUUUCUAAAACCAGAGCACACAUCUCGUUUCUGAUCUCUCCACUGUAGCCUCCACCAAAGGAUCCCCCUUGGUUCACAGACGACAUGUGUCAUAUGAGCAUUUGUGCUGGUGCCUUCGUCCUCACCAAGUCUUUGUGCAUGACGAAAGGAGCGUCAUGUUCAGAAGUAAGUCGGCCUCUUUUUUAUCUCUUUGCUUUCGCCAUUCGUAUUGGCUCAUCAGAUGCAGUUACACAGUCUUUUGAUAGGUUGAACUGUGAAACAUUCGUUCGUUUCCUUACAUCGCGGGACGCAAAGCGUGGAUUUUCAUAGCCUGUGAACAGACUCUCUGUUUGGGGAAAGGGUGAAAAAAAUCGCGAGGAGAGGCUCCUCGCGAUUUUUUCACCCUUUCCCCAAACAGAGAGUCUGUUCACAGGCUAGUAUUUUCACACUUGACACUGUCAGCUUAAGUCCUUUGAAACUUAAUAAUGAUGGAAUUCUUGUUGAUUUUUCUUAAAAUCAGGGCCAGUAUUUAGCAGUGGUGCCAAAUCCUUCCUCUCCAGCUGACUGCUGUGUGUGUAAACCAUGUAAGUAA